CCGACACAAUGUAUUCUCUUCUAACCUCACUUGUUGUUGAUUUUGAAAUUUGAAAAUAAGCAUGUCGAAAGUCCGGGAAACAUUAGUGACCAAUUGCGAAAGAAAAUUUCUAAUGAAAUGUUUGUCAGAAUGGAGGAGGUUAGAUGGCCGAAGUUUCGACGAAUUUCGCCCCUUAAAUCUGAAAUUUGGGAAACAUUGGGGCUCCUGUUACGUUUCCUUGGGCGAAACAAAAGUUUUAGCUCAAACAUCUUGUGAGAUUCAACAGCCGAAAUCUUCGAGACCGAGUGAAGGAAUUCUGAAUGUAAAUGUGGAAUUAAAUCCAUUGGCGGCUCCCCAUUUCGAAGCUGGCAGACAAUCAGAACUGUCAGUGCAGUUAAACCGUCUUUUGGAGAAAUGCGUUAAAGAUUCAAAAGCAAUCGAUUUGGAAUCAUUGUGUAUUAAGACAAACGAAAAAGUAUGGGCUUUGAAAGUUGAUAUUAAUGUGCUAAAUCACGAGGGGAAUAUUCUGGACUGUGCCUCAAUCGCUAUGUUGGCUUCUCUGUCUCAUUUCAGACGCCCUGAUGUUACUUGCGAUGGUGAAGAAUUUAUCAUUCAUACUUACCAACAGAGGGAUCCCAUCCCCACCGUUAUACACCACUAUCCAGUCUGUAUAACAUAUGCAAUUUUCAACGGGGGGGAGUAUAUUCUUGCUGAUCCUGUACUAAUCGAAGAAGGUACAGCUGAUGCGAUGCUAACAAUAGGCCUAAAUGGAUUUAAAGAACUGUGUGCUCUACAUUUAGGGGGAAAAACUGAACUUGCACCAAGUGUUAUUCUAAGUACAGUUUCUAAAGCGACAUCUCGGGCUACUAUUGUGAUAGAAGAAAUUAAAAAUUCAGUAAAAGCCGAUAAUGAACAAAGGCGAAAUAAGGCCCCUGUCGGGUUUCAUACUGAAGAUAAUUUCAAAACAACUGUACUUUUCGGACGAACGCUUGAUACGUGGCAUAAGAAUAAAAAUAAAAGGAAUAAAAAACAUAAAAAAGCACAAUCAGGACCUGAGAGUGUAGUUGUGAUUGAUAAAGCGUCAGUGGAACAUGUCCCUCGCCCUAAAGACGAAGUUUGGGACGUUGAUAAUAGUGAAGAUGAUUUGAUAAUAAUAGAGAAACCUAGAGUUCAAAUUGAGCUUCUAACAGACAGUGAGGAAGAUGAUGUGGUAAUAUUAGGACCUGAGAAAAAUAAAAAGUAAUUAUUUUUUUAUUAAAUGCUUUUUUUCUUAUAUGUAAUAACUUAAUAAAACUUUUAAAAUACGUAACUUCAAGUUGCGUCAUUAUUUACACCAUU